AUGGCACGCCUUGGAAGCCUCGGCUUCUUGGGCAUUGCAGUCCUGUUCCAUGUCGUCUACAUUUAUUCCAUCUUCGACAUUUACUUCGUCAGCCCGAUCGUUAGUGGCAUGCGCUCCCAUAGCGUCGAUGCUCACCGAGGCCCCGCCAAGCGAUUGUUUCUCUUCGUUGGAGACGGAUUGCGAGCAGACAAAGCAUUUCAAUUCUUCCCAGACCCUUCACCGUCGGCAUUGAACGAUUCCGCAUCGCAGGAGCUACGACCAUUGGCGCCCUUCCUCAGAUCACGCAUCCUCGAGCACGGCACAUUUGGAGUUUCACAUACUCGAGUCCCCACGGAAUCGCGACCUGGCCAUGUUGCGCUGAUUGCUGGACUGUACGAGGAUGUCGCUGCCGUAACAACAGGAUGGAAGCUCAACCCGGUCAACUUCGACAGCGUCUUCAACAGGAGCAGGCAUACUUGGAGUUGGGGUAGCCCGGAUAUUCUGCCUAUGUUCUCGACAGGUGCUGUACCUGGACGAGUCGAGGAUAGCACAUAUGGCUACGAAUUUGAGGACUACAGUAAAGAUGCGACGGAGCUGGACACUUGGGUAUUCGAUCGGGUGAAGAACCUGUUCAGCGAUGCAGAGACCGAUCGUGAUUUGAACAAUCGUCUACGAGAGGACAAGAAUGUCUUCUUCCUGCAUCUACUUGGACUCGAUACGACUGGUCACUCAUAUCGGCCCUAUUCGCGCGAAUACCUGCACAACAUCCAAAUUGUCGAUCAGGGUGUUCGGGAGGUCACAGAGCUAGUAGAGAGCUUUUUCGGCGACGACAAAACCGCUUUCGUUUUCACAGCAGAUCAUGGUAUGAGUGAUUGGGGAAGUCAUGGUGACGGACAUCCAGACAACACGCGCACACCCCUGAUCGUGUGGGGAUCCGGUGUCGCGAAGCCAGUUACGGUCGCAGAAGGCUUUGCUCCCGGACACGAAGACGGCUUCUCGCACGACUGGCAGCUUGAUCAUGUGCAGCGCCAUGAUGUUGCACAGGCAGACGUCGCAGCUCUGAUGGCCCAUCUUGCCGGUCUCGAAUUCCCUGUGAACUCCGUCGGCGAGCUGCCACUUUCAUUCCUGGACGCUGACGACGAACAAAAGUCAAAGGCCUUGCUCACCAACGCGAAAGAGAUAUUGGAAAUGUACCGUGUCAAGGAAGAGCAGAAACAACAGACUGUGCUGCGAUAUCAACCAUUCAGCGGAUUUGCGACCGGCGAGCUCACCAUUGAGAACCGGAUCGCAGCCAUCGAGCGACUGAUCGAGCAGGGGGCUUACACAGAAGCCAUGGAAAGCACCGAUGCCUUGAUCAAGCUUGGAUUGCGAGGCUUGCGCUACCUUCAGACCUACGCAUGGCUAUUUCUACGAACACUGGUCACAGCCGGAUACCUGGGAUGGAUUGCCUUUGCAUUCACAACCGCAGUCGAUGUGUACAUGCUCAAUGGUGAGAUCGAGGCGUCAAGAUCGACGCCCGGCAUCAUUUUCUUCUCCUCUGUCCUGGUGGCGCUCUACAGCUAUCUCUUCAUGCAGUCAUCGCCUGUGACUUACUACACAUACGCCAUAUUUCCCGUCGCAUUCUGGGAAGAGGUCUUCGCCCGUCGAAAGGCUCUCAGCGCUGGCGCGGACAAGAUCUUUGCAAAGCUCUCUCAAGGAGAGAUUGUGAAACUAGUACUGAACAUAGCCGUCUACGUUGCCCUUCUGGAGGUCAUGGUCCAAAGUUAUUACCACCGCCAAAUCUACACCAUCUGCUAUGUUCUCAUAGCAGCCUGGCCUUUGCUCUACGGAACCCGAUUCUGUCGUGAGAAUGCUGCGCUUUGUGCUACCUGGGCGCUGGGUUCCGCUUCCAUGAGCAUCUUCACCUUAUUGCCGGCAAACAAGAUAGAGAGCCUGAAUAUGAUGUGGGCGAACCUCCUCCCAUCUUGUGUGCCAUCAGCUAACGACUCGUUCUCUAGCUCAAUUGGGGGUGGAUUGAUCCUCCUGCUCGGUCUCGCUUACAUCGCCUUUGAGAACAGUUUGACGGCAAAUUCAAAAGGCGGGUCUUCGACGCAGAGGGUUGAUGGGACUUCGCGUCUCAUCAUCGGCGUUCAGGUCGGUCUGGUUGCCGUUGCCAUAAUCGUGACACGGUCCAGUGUCAUCUCCCUGCAGGCCAAACAAGGUCUGCCUCUAGGCACGCAAGUCGUAGGCUGGCUCACGCUCAUCCUAUCUCUCGUCGUCCCCUUCUUCCACUACCUCUCCACGCAAGACCACUACCUACACCGUCUGGCCGUGAUCUUCCUCGCCUUUGGACCAACUUUCAUCAUCCUCACCAUCUCUUACGAGGGGCUCUUCUACUUCGCCAUCGCCGUCACCCUCGUCUCGUGGGUGCGCCUGGAGCAUCGCAUCCAGCGACAUUUCUCCGCCUCCAGCUCCAGCAGCAGCAGCAGCACCUCCCUCAAAUCCGAGCUCACGACCCCUCUGGCCCCUGCCCUCGCCGCCGCCGCCCAACGCGACUACGCGCUCAAAUCGGGAGACUACCGCGCCCUGACCCUCUCCGACGCCCGCAUCUGUCUCUUCUUCCUCUACCUGCUCCAAUCCGCCUUUUUCAGCACCGGCAACAUCGCGUCCGUGAGCAGUUUCUCCCUCGACGCCGUCUACCGGCUGAUCCCGAUCUUCGACCCCUUCAGCCAAGGCGCGCUGCUCAUCCUCAAGCUCCUCGCGCCCUUCGCGCUGGUCUCCGUCAACCUCGGCAUCCUGACCAAGCGCCUGCGCCUCCACGGCGGGAGUCUCUUCGCGGUCGUCAUGGGCAUCGGCGACUACCUCACCCUGCGCUUCUUCUGGGAGGUUCGCGACGAGGGCUCGUGGUUGGAGAUCGGCGAGAGCAUCAGCAUGUUCAUCAUCGUGAGCGUGCUGUGCAUCUUCAUCGCCGGGCUGGAGGCGCUCAGCGAGAUCCUGGUCAGGGGCAUCGUGUUCGCCGACGAUGAUGGUAAUGAUGAUGCGCAAACCCGACAGCGACGGCGCGAGGCUGGGCCGGAGGGCGCGAAGCAGGGAGAUGUCCCCGCGGCGGCCGCGGCGACGACGACGACCAACAAGUCGUGA